GUUACAGAUCAGUACACUGAAGCGCUGAGUCUCGCGAGACCUCCUGCAGGAAGCGCGUGCAGUGUUUACAGCGUGCAGCUGAAAGCAUGGCGGCGCAGUUGAAGGAGAGGCUGAAAGACGCAGUGAAGAUUUUAGGAUGUGGCAGUGCUCUGUUCCUGGGUUAUCUUACUGCGUCUGGGGACGAGCGGUUCUACGCCAGCACCCUCAUGCCCGUCAUGCAGAAGCUGGUGGGAGCGGAGAUGGCUCAUGUGAUGGCUGUGCGCCUCCUCAGUCUCGGACUGGUGCCUAGAAACCGCUAUCAGGACCCUGCUUCCCUGGAGGUGACUGUAAUGGGUCAAAGAUUCAGAAACCCGGUCGGGAUGGCGGCAGGCUUUGAUAAGCACGGAGAGGCAGUGGACACUCUGUACCAGCUGGGCUUCGGGUUUGUGGAGGUGGGCACGGUCACCCCUAAACCCCAGGAGGGAAAUCCCAAGCCCCGUGUGUUCAGACUCGAGGCUGACCAGGCAGUUAUUAACAGAUACGGGUUCAACAGCUGUGGCCUUUUAGCUGUUGAGGAGAGAUUAAAAACCAGAGCAGGCACUCAGCUGGAACUCGCACGAGCAGGCAGACCGCUCGGCAUCAACCUCGGAAAGAACAAGCUGUCCACCGAUGCCGUGGCCGAUUACCUGGAGGGCGUGCGCACACUCGGCCCACUCGCCGACUACCUGGUGAUAAACGUCAGCAGCCCCAACACUCCUGGCCUCCGAGACCUGCAGGGCAAGAAGGAACUGCGCCAUCUUCUGGCGAAGGUACUGAAAGAGCGCGACUCUCUCCAAGGGAAGAACCGGCCGCCAGUGCUGGUGAAGAUUGCCCCUGAUCUCUCUCAACAGGACAAGCAGGACAUCGCUGAGGUCAUCACAGAGCUUGGUGUGGAUGGGUUAAUAGUCUCCAACACUACAGUGUCCAGACCAGAGACCCUGCAGGACCCCAAAAAGAAUGAGAUUGGAGGACUCAGUGGUCAGCCUCUGAAGGACAUGUCAACCCGCAUGGUGCGGGAGAUGUACACUUUAACUAAAGGGAAGGUACCUAUUAUUGGAGUGGGUGGAAUAGCCUGUGGUCAGGAUGCCCUGGAUAAGAUCCGUGCUGGAGCUUCUCUGGUUCAGCUCUACACAGCUCUGGUGUACCAGGGUCCCCCAGUCGUCACCAAGAUCAAGAGGGAGCUUGAUGAGCUCUUAAUAGCACAAGGAUUCACUAAUGUGUCCGAAGCCGUGGGUGCUGAUUUUAGGACCUCUGGAGGUGUGGUGACAGUGGUGAGCUCUCCUGAGAAGAUCAGCGCUCAUCAAGACUCCAAAUCUCCAGCAGUGGCAGUGAGCUAGGCCAUAGAGCACCUCGUGCCUGCUGCCUGAUAUCCUAUCCUGUAUGACUUGAACCCUGUAGACCCUGGCCUGGGCGACAGCAGAGUGAAUCAGAAUUGUUUUUCUCCUUUAGGUGGUCAGAUGUGUCAGUUUAGAUGCACUGCUGAAUCUGCUCUAAAUCAGAUCUGAAAACCUUUAGGUGGAGGCAAUUGAUCGCUGCACGGAUUUCAAGGAAAACAUCAGCUUUAUAUCUGACACAGGGAGGAAAAAUGUUUUGAUUUGAUGUGACUGCCUGUCCAAACAAAGCCUCCCUGUGAGCUGAAGUAGCAGGGAUGAGGAACCGCAGCAGAACAUACAGAGAUGAGGAUCGACAGAAUAAAGAGACUGCUUCAUGAAAGAGGGACCAAAUUAUUGUAGCAGUGUUGUGCUGUGCCUUGUCUGUUAAUAGAUUAUAACAUUUAUUAGUGAAUGAGUGAUAAGUCUUUCUGUUUUUGCUGUUUGGGUUGUCACCAUCACAAACAGUAUUUAAAUGGUUAUUAAAAUAUAUGAGAAGCA